AUCCACUGUCUUCCAGCACUACCUAUGUGGAGCACAGUCCAGCAAGCGCCGAGCAAGAUACAUUUCAACAGAGUCUAAAGAUGUUUUUGAGACAACCAGUCCAACGUGGAGUAUUCAGAAGGAGAACCAUCUGAUUACAAAAUGGACCAGUUUUGACAAGAUGUAGUGCUGCAGUGUGCCUGUGAUGAGAUAUAUUCAGUCAUGGCAUCUGAACUUUGUAAGACCAUCUCUCUGGCAAGGCUUGAGAAGCACAAGAAUUUGUUCUUAAAUUACAGGAAUCUUCACCAUUUCCCAUUGGAGUUACUGAAAGAUGAAGGACUGAAGCACUUAGAGAGGCUGUAUAUGAAAAGGAACUCCUUGACAACCUUGCCAGAAAAUCUUGCUGAGAAGCUUCCCAACCUUGUGGAACUGUACCUUCACUCAAAUAACAUAGUUGUGGUUCCGGAAGCCAUUGGGUCCCUUGUAAAACUCCAGUGUCUGGAUCUUAGUGACAAUGCCUUAGAAAUUGUUUGCCCAGAAAUUGGUCGUCUGAGAGCAUUACGUCAUCUUCGUUUAGCUAAUAACCAACUGCAGUUCCUACCUCCAGAGGUUGGCGAUUUGAAGGAGCUGCAGACACUAGACAUUUCUACCAAUCGUUUGCUAGCUUUACCCGAGAGGCUUCACCUGUGCCUUUCUCUGCAGUACCUCACUGUAGACCGCAAUCAGCUAUGGUGUGUGCCGCGCCAUCUCUGCCAGCUGCCCAGCCUCAAUGAGCUCUCCAUGGCUGGAAACCGUCUUGCAUUUUUGCCACUUGACUUAGGUCGCUCUCGAGAACUGCAGUACGUGUAUGUGGAUAACAACAUGCACCUGAAAGGCCUUCCAUCCUAUCUGUACAACAAAGUCAUCGGGUGUAGCGGCUGUGGCGUUCCCAUCCAGGUGUCUGAGGUAAAGCUGCUCUCCUUUUCAUCUGGGCAGCUGACUGUCUUCCUCCCAGCUGAGGUGAAGGCCAUAGGCACAGAGAAUGACCAUGUCCUGCCUCUUCAGGAGCUGGCCAUGCGAAGCCUCUACCACACCUACCACAGGUUUCUGAAAGAUUUGAACUUUUUGUCUCCAAUCUCAUUACCCAGAAGUCUCCUGGAGCUGCUCCACUGCCCCCUGGGGCACUGUCACCGGUGUAGUGAGCCCAUGUUUACCUUCGUCUAUCCCAAGCUCUUCCCCUUGAGAGAGACGCCGAUGGCAGGGCUGCAUCAGGG